AUGAGAUGCCUCAGAGCCCUCGUCUUCUUUUUCUUCUUCAUCUCCCCACUAAACCCCAUGUCCACCGCCACAGUGCCGCCGUCCCCCCGGAUAAAGGCCGUAAAUUUGGGCGGCUGGCUCGUUACCGAGGGAUGGAUAAAGCCAUCUCUCUUCGAUGGGAUCGCUAACAAGGAUCUCCUGGUGAGUCUUCAUAUUCUUACAUUCCAUCGGUUGGUCUGCUACCGACCCAUCUUGAGCUCGGAUUGAAUGGGCGGCAGGAUGGAACCCAAGUCCAGCUGAAGUCUACCGCCGUUGGGAAGUACCUCUGCGCCGAGGGCGGUGGCGGGAGCGUCAUCGUGGCUAACCGGAGUAGCGCCUCUGGUUGGGAAACCUUCAAAGUUGGUGAUUUCAUACCCCUCAUUACUGAUAGUUAUUAGAAUGACGGAUGAUGGAGAAGAAAAUUGGCUGACCUGAUGAUUCCGCAUGAAAUCACAGUUAUGGAGGGUCAACUCGACCCACUUCCAGUUCCGGGUGUUCUCGAAGCAAUUUGUCGGCAUUAAUGCCGGCGGCAGCGCAGUGACUGUGGCAACAACGCCGGGCCACUCGGAGACCUUUGAGAUCGUGAAGAAUACGGGGGACUCCAAUCGAAUCCGCAUCAGGGCACCCAAUGACCUCUUCUUGCAGGCCAAGUCGGAGAACUCGGUGACCGCGGACAACGACGGAAAUGGCAGCUGGGGAAAUGACGACCCGUCGGUGUUCUUGAUGACGACAUUUGGUACCAUGCAAGGGGAGUACCAGGUGACCAACGGCUAUGGGCCCAUCAGAGCCCCCGCGGUCAUGAGGGUGAGGAAGAAGACGUCUCCCCUCCCCUCCCCUCUCUUCCUUCUUACUGAAGAGAUACACGUAAACGAUGGCUGCUUUGAUGUUUCUGUCACAGAAUCACUGGGAGAGCUUCAUUGUUGAGAAGGACUUCAAGUUUAUGAAGGACAAUGGACUCAACGCCGUUAGGGUUCCGGUGGGGUGGUGGAUCGCCAGCGACCCUAAUCCGCCGGCGCCAUACGUGGGCGGGUCCCUGGCGGCUCUGGACAACGCGUUCAUGUGGGCAGAGUAAGCGAAAUUAAAGCUCUGAUACAGAAAGGGUCCCUAGCGAAUCGGACCCAGGAAACUUCCCCUUGUUCGUGGACGAUUAAAAAGACGUUGUGGUUUCCCUGUGUCCAGGAAGUACCACCUGAAGGUGAUCAUCGACCUCCACGCCGCCCUCGGUUCCCAGAAUGGUGAUGAGCACAGCGGCGGUAGAGACGGCAGCAUCGAGUGGGGAGUCGCCGGUAGCGGCAACGUAGAAAAGACAGUGACUGUCAUCGAGUUCCUCACCCGGAGGUUCAAAAGUUGAUACAAUGGAUAGUAAAGUUGACACUCGUAUGAUCGGAGAAACUAUUCUAAUCGCGAAAAGUCCGCUGGCAGGUAUGCCGCAAGACGCAGCCUGAUCGCGGUGGAGCUCAUCAACGAACCGAGGGCAGAAGGGGUCGACUUCGAUACCCUAAAGAGCUACUACCAAGCCGGCUACGACGCCGUGCGCAGGCACACAAGUACCGCCUACGUGAUCUUCUCCGCCCGGUUGUCCGCUGACGCGGGGGAGUUCAUUCCGUUUGCCAGAGGUCUCGACGGCACCGUCCUCGACGUUCACUAUUACAACCUCUUCUCUAGCAUCUUUGAUGGAUGGACGGCGCAGAAGAAUAUCGACUAUGUGAACAACCAGAGGGCCAGCCAGCUCGCCGCAGUCACCAACCCCAACGGCGGCCCCCUCUCCUUCGUCGGUAAGAGUCCCGACGGCCGACCCUCUGUGAACCUCGGAACAGCUUAUCUUCCAUCUCACACCAUUCUCCGUUGCCGUCGCGGCCACAGGGGAAUGGGUUGCCGAGUGGAACGUGAAUGGUGCGAUAGCAGACGACUACAGGAGGUUUGGGGAAGCGCAGCUGAAUGUCUUCGGUAGGGCCUCCUUCGGGUGGGCGUACUGGACCUACAAGCACGUCAACAAACACUGGAGUCUCCAAUGGAUGAUCACCAACGGCGUCAUAUCCCUUAAGUAG